AUGGAGUCGAAAAACAUUUUUCCCGAUCUUUUCACGUAUAAUACUCUAAUUUCAAUGUAUUGCAAGAAAGCAAUGCACUACGAGGCCUUGUGUGUUCAAGAAAGGAUGAAAAUAAGCGGAAUAUCUCCCGAUAUCGUGACUUAUAACUUGCUCAUUUAUAGCUAUUCUAGAGAAGGCAGAGUGAGAGAGGCUUUGAGGCUAUUCAAAGAAAUUAAAGGCGGCGUUUUACCAAACCACAUGGGUUCUGCAGAGCUGGCGUUUAACGCUAUUUUAAGAAGGUUGUGUGAGGAAGGCCGUAUACAGGACGCAAAUAGGCUGUUGAAUGAGAUGGGCGAAAGAAAAAUCGAGCCUGAUAAUGUGACUUGCAACACAUUGAUAAAUGCCUACUGCAAGAUUGGUGAUAUGAGGUCUGCAUUGAAGGUUAAAGGUAAAAUGAUUGAAGGAGGAUUAAGGCCCGACCAGUUUAUGUACCGGGCUUUGGUUCACGGGUUUUGCAAGGUCCGUGAGGUGAAUAAUGCUAAGGAGAUGCUAUUUGAUAUGAUUCGUGCAGGAUUUUUUCCGAGCUCCUGCACAUAUGCGUGGCUCGUGGAUUUUUACUGCGGUGACAACGAUUUUGACGGUAUUUUGAGAUUGCCUGCCGAGCUGGCAGGAAAGGGAAUCCUUGUUGAUGUCAGUGUGUAUCGGGCGAUUAUUCGGAGGCUGUGUAAGCGAGAGAGAGUUGAUUGUGCGGAAAAAGUGUUUAUGGUUAUGCAAGAAAUGGGGAUAUUAGGAGAUACUGUGAUUUGUGCGAAUAUGGCUUACGCGUAUUUUAGAGGUGGUGAUGGUAGUUCUUUUUCGGCAUUUUUGGAUGAGAUGUAUCGAAGGAGAUUGAUGGUUACACUCAAAAUCUUUAGGAAUAUUAAUGCUUCGUAUGCAAAUGAUAGGGACUGUUUGGAUAUGUUUUGGAGUGCUCUGCUCGAUCGAGGCUUGAUUUCCAAGAGUAAAACAAACAGAUGCAACAAUAGAAGUAUGGACGAUACUCUGGAGGAAUUAUUGCUUCAGGAUUGUGAGGAUACAUAG